AUGCAAAGAUCGAAUACAGAUAAUUCCCAACACUCGCAGCUGUUAGACCCAGAUGAUCCUACUAUUACUGGUGUGAGGAAGAAAUGUCUCGACGACUAUGACGACGAGAAGCGGACGGCAUUGAGGCAGAUGGACUAUCGCAGGCGUAGAAAGGAGAAACAGAAGAUCAAGAUUGAAUUCAACGUUACUUCCAUCAUCCAUCGCCACAACUUCCUGCUCAAGCUUGCAAAAGCGUUGAUGACCUUCGGUGCACCUUCUCACCGCAUCGAAUCACAGCUCCUUGCAGCAGCGCGCAUCCUCGAAGUCGACGCCGAGUUCAUCCAUCUACCAAGCGUCAUUAUCUGUUCCUUCGGCGACAACGAUACAAUGACUUCGGAAACCCACUUCAUCAAGUCCGGUGGCGGUCUUUCAUUAGGCAGCCUGCACAAGGUCCACAUCAUCUAUCGCGCUGUGGUGCACGACGAAGUCAGUGCGCGGAAGGCGACGGAGCAACUUGAUGAACUGUUAUUGGCAAAGCCGUUGUACCCGUGGUGGUUCAGAUGUAUCUUGAGUUUCUGGUUAUCGGUCUUAAUCUGCCCGCUGGCAUUUGGAGGCUCGUUCAUCGAUAUGGGGAUCGCUGGCUGUGGCGCCUUUGUGUUGUGUUUCCUGCAACUCAGGAUUGCCGCGAAGAGCGCUAUGUACGCAAACGUCUUUGAGAUUACAACGGCAAUGCUGGUGUCCUUCACAGCACGAGGGCUUAGUAGUAUCAGAAGCCAGAUCUUCUGUUAUACAGCUGUUUCGUCCUCUGCGAUUAUUGGUAUUCUUCCCGGUUAUUUGAUCCUGAGUAGUUCCUUGGAGCUGGCUUCUAAAAACAUCGUCUGCGGUAGCGUUAAAAUGGUAUACGCCCUCAUCUAUACCCUCUUCUUGGGUUUCGGUUUGCAGAUCGGAUCAGACCUAUACCUUCUCUUCGAUCCAAUUGCACGACACCACCUCACAGCGCUUGCCGCCGACAUCUCCACGAGCGCCACCAUUGUGGGCACAUUCGCAGCAGACAACUCCACAAGUGGCAACUCCUCGCUCUCUUCGGGGUUAGGACCCGUCUAUGGUACCUUCACCUUCACGAACAACACGAACGUGAUGCAGACAGACAUCAUCGACGGAUGUUACCGCCCUAAACACUUUGGCUGGUACCUCCAACCCUUCCCCUUCUGGACGCAGUUCCUUAUUGUACCGUUGUUCAGUAUCCUAUCGUCCCUCGCGAAUCUGCAACCGUGGCGGAGCAGGCAACUUCCAGUGAUGGUGGUCAUAUCGUGCGCGAGUUAUGCGAGCAACAAAGUUGCCAAUCACUAUAUCUUCAAUCGGAGCGAUAUCGUGAGCGCUAUCGGGGCUUUUACUGUGGGAUUGCUGGGGAAUGUUUAUUCGAGGAAGAUGGGCGGGACGGCCUUUACGAGUAUGGUUACGGGUGUGCUGUUCCUUGUACCAUCGGGUCUGUCGCAGGCGGGAGGUAUCACAGCAGAUGGAAGCGGUGUGGACAUUGGAAGCGCAAUGAUAGCCGUCACGAUCGGUAUCACGGUUGGGCUGUUCAUGUCCCAAGCGCUCGUGUACAUGUUUGGGUCGAGGAAGAAUGCUGCUGUAUUCUCAUUCUGA